GUCAGUCAGGAGCCAACUAUCGGUUUGGUUUGCUGGGUGUAAACAAAUCUUUACAACACCGCGAUGCGCGGAAAAGACAUCUACCGAAGGAGCAGCUAUACGCGCCGCCGCUGCUAACGUUCAGCAUGUAGACCGACGCCUACGCUGCACAGUCCGGGGACGUUUCGACGGUUGAUGUUUGAGUCUAGCCAGACCUGUCAGUGCCUUGGCCGGUGGUAUCACAUGUAUUUUUAUGCUGCGGUUGUCAUAAUGGUCGCCGGAUGAACUGUCCAUCAAGCUAACGCUCGCUAACGUUUAGCAAACCGUAUGAAUCUGCUUGUUUUCACACCGAACAGCAGUGCUUAGGUAUAACGUUACAUUUCGGAGGUACGCGAACAUGGCAUCGGCCGCAGAGCACGACCUGGCUCUGUCUGAAGCGGACAGCAGCAAGGAGAAAGCUCAGGUGUUUGGGAUUUUGAGGCUGCAGGACGAGAAGUCUGGUGUUGGGGAUAAAGCUAACAGUAGCAGUACAGUGAGAGGAGGUGGUGGAGGAGACGGGCGAUGGCAGGCUCCUAUCUUCGCUUUGGCCAGGAAAGCAUCCGAGACCAUUUCAGGGAGCAUUCACGUCCUGCCGAAAGUGUCGGAGCACAGGACGUCUCUGCCCGGGGACUGGGCCGUCCAAGCCCUGCGGGACCCCAUGGCCAUGGAGCGAGCCAACCUGCUGAACAUGGCCAAGCUGAGUAUUAAAGGGCUGAUCGAGUCGGCUCUGAGCUUCGGACGAACGCUGGACUCGGACUACCCGCCUCUCCAGCAGUUCUUUGUCGUCAUGGAGCACUGCCUCAAACACGGCCUCAGAGUGAAGAAGUCCUUUCUGGGCUUUAACAAGUCCCUGUGGGGUCCUCUGGAGCUGGUGGAGAAACUGUGUCCUGAAGCAGCAGAGAUCUCAGUCUCUGUACGAGACCUGCCUGGGCUUAAGACUCCAUUAGGCAGGGCCAGAGCCUGGUUGCGUCUGGCUCUCAUGCAGAAACGGCUGGCCGACUACCUACGACUCCUCAUCACCAGGAAAGACCUGCUCAGUGAUUUCUAUGAGAAUUCAGCGCUGAUGCUGGAGGAGGAGGGAGCAGUGAUCGUGGGCCUGCUGGUGGGCCUGAACGUCAUCGAUGCUAAUCUGUGUGUCAAAGGCGAGGACCUGGACUCUCAGGUUGGGGUCAUCGACUUCUCCAUGUACUUGAAGAAUGACAUUGAUGAUUACCGGAGUGAAGAGCGGAACAGCCAGAUAGCAUCCAUCUUGGACCAGAAGAACUACGUAGAGGAACUGAACCGGCAACUCAACUCCACAGUUCAUGGUCUUCAGGGCAGAGUGGAUUCUCUAGAGAAGUCCAACUCUAAACUCAUAGAGGAGUUAGCCAUAGCCAAGAACAACAUCAUCAAACUGCAGGAAGAAAACCAGCAGCUGAGGAGUGAAAACAGCCUGAUUCUGCUGAAGGCACAACAACAGUUAGAGGUAACCCAAGGCGACGUGACAGUCGAGAGAGAUACAUACAAACAGUCGCGUCAGGGAUUGGAUGAGAUGUACAAUGAGGCUCGAAGGCAACUGAAGGAGGAGUGUCAGCUCAGACAGGAUGUGGAGAAUGAGCUGGUAGUCCAGGUGUCGAUGAAGCAGGAAAUGGAGCUGGCCAUGAAACUCCUUGAGAAAGAUAUUCAUGAAAAACAGGACACACUGAUCGGAUUGAGACAUCAACUGGAUGAAGUCAAAGCCAUCAAUGUAGAAAUGUACCAGAAGAUGCAGUCGUCUGAUGAUGAGAUGAAGAAGAAGAACAAUAUGAUCAGUCGCCUGGAGGAGAAGACCAAUCAGAUCACUGCCACCAUGAAGCAGCUGGAGCAAAGAUUACAGGAGGCAGAGAGGCACCGCAACUCGGCCGAGGACGGAACCAGGCGCUUCAAGUUGGACUUUGCCAACAAGGCCGACAGCCUGCAGCGGCAGAUCGAACACAGAGAAAGGCAGCUCCAGCAGCUGGAGACAGACCUGAAGAUAGAGAGGGAGUGGAGGCAGACGUUACAGAGUGAUCUGGACAGGGAGAGGGAUACGGUGUCUCAGCUCAGCACAGAGGCGCUGCAGAUCAACGGACUAAAAAAGGAGUUCCAUCGUCUGCAGGAUGAAAACACUCAGCUGAAGACCAUCUGUGAGGACCAAGAACAAGCUCUCGAGGAACUAGGCUCCAAACUAAGCGAAUCCAAAAUGAAGAUUGAGGACAUCAAAGAAGCCAACAAAGCUCUUCAGGGGGGUCAGGUUUGGUUGAAGGACAAGGAAGCCAGCCACUGCAAGCUGUGCGAGAAGGAGUUCUCCAUCUCAAGACGGAAGCAUCACUGUCGGUACUGUGGGGAGAUUUUCUGUAACAGCUGCUCCGACAAUGAGCUCCCUCUGCCCGCCUCACCAAAACCGGUGAGAGUCUGCGACACCUGCCACGCCCUCCUCCUCCAGCGAUGCUCCUCCAAUCCGACGUGAAGGAGCCCCGCCCGGCUGCGAUGACUGCUUCAAACGAUCCGAGCUCAGAUCGGUAAAUCCCCCACCCUCCAGUCCUCAACGCAUCUCAGCACAAUGUUUGCUGCUAGAAACGGACCGUGUGCAUGACCAUUUAGCACAUUUGAUUUGUCUUAAUUUGCAGUUUGAAAGUCCCUCAAAAUGAGGCAUCAUCCCAUCUCAUCUUUGAGGUCACUACUUUCUUUGCAGGCGCUCUGCAGUACAGUACCAGUGUUGUAAUCAGACACGUGCUGCCUUCAAAAUGGGACCUUGUUUAGUGUCGUCACAAGCAGAGUCCACAUAACCCAUAAGUCAACAUUUCUUGGAAUUAAGCAAAAAAUGACAAGAACAGUUAGCAGUCUUUUAGUGUCUAUGCAGCCGUUGCCAAGCAGCAGUGUUCUCACCACUUCAACGCCAACUGUGUCGUAACCACAAGCUCACAAAUUCCAUUUGAAGGCAGCAACAGAGGAGAAGACAAUCAGUCCACUAUAACAUAUACUUAAUUUAGAUAUCAGUGACCUUGAUGGAGGAAAUCAUGCAAAGCGGGACUGUCUGUCCAGUUCCCUUUGGCUCAGUCUAAGUCUUGCACUGUCUGCAGCUAAAUGCAGAUGUUUUUCUGAAGCAGCCUCCAGUCUCAAGUAGUACUACACCAUUAUGUAUGUGUCAAGCUUCAAACUGUAUACAGUAAGUGUAUAGCCAAACAGAUGAUAUAAUUUAUACAUGCGGUAUGGUGGCCUUGUUACUGUUAUUGUUUCUCACUCUAAAGCACGCUCCUUUGAGGGUGGAGUGAAAUGACCACAAAGUCUAAGGCAGCAUUAACACAGGCACAACGAGAUCAAGUCAGCUCGACACCGUAAAUCCAACUUUACUAAACUGAAAUAUGAACUGGAUAUAUUUCUGCUUAGCUGGCUGAGAUGACACUCAGGUUUUGUACUUAUAAAACAUCAUCAAUUCAGACAGAAUCAGCAUAGAGUGAAAAAGCCCUGCUGGUCAGAUCUGUCCUCCAAAUAUUUGAUGUGCGGUGAGACAAAGACUUCUCUGCAAACUAAUUCCAGGAACGUUCACUGCAGAUGCAGAUUUUGCUGUGCUGUCACUGUGACUAGACAAGUUCCCCAUGGGGCUGCGGCUUUCAAAGGAACUGAAAAUCUGCUUUCUUUUGCUUUGCUUUGUUUAUUUUUUUCCCCCAAUGCUAGUGCCAUUUGUGCAUUUUAGUGAAUGCAAUGAAUGUUAUCUGCUUGUGCUUCUCACGCUGCCAAAAUGAGCCCUAUAUUUCUACAGAGAGGAUUUCUGUGGAGAGAAUCGGAAAUAAAAUAAAAGUAGCAACACUAGCCUAUACUAGCCAGUCAAGCAACCUAGAUUAAAGGCACAUGUCACUGUUUGUUGGAGACACUAAUGCAGUGGAUGCUGCUUAAAGGACCAAGGAGAGCAACAGAUGCUGUCAUCUCUGGUGACUGUGACAGUGUCAGUCUGUCUAACUGGCUCUUUCGUUGACAAACCACUGAUGGCUUAGCUGACAACAGGACCACCUAGUGGUUGAGAACAGACUUGAUUGUUGCACACUUCUUACAACAUAGCCACAAAGUAUGUUUGAACACUUGCCAAUCAUAGACUGUUGUGAUGUAGAUUCAUUUGAGAAUAUUUAUAUUUGAUUUUGUAUUUUAUGCACAUGAAUUUUUACUUUUAGAAGUCCAGGGAACCUGUUUGAGCUUUCACUUGAAGUGAGCAGUUAUGUGUGCAGAUGGGGACAUUACAGGAGAAUGACUGCUGCUCCAUUCCUGAGAAGGAAAGUUUGAAACUCUAAACCAUUUUUGUUUUGAAGUUUGAGAUGUGUUUUGUGUUUGUGUUGUCAAACUAAUGCUGAGUACACGGUCUUCUGUGACAGGUUAUGAUACGAGUUCCACUGCACAUUCUGGUUUUGUACUUGCAUACAAUGUUUACAACUUAUGACUUUUCAAGAACUGGAAGUGUCAUUCCCAUGAAGAGGUAAAACAGGCCUGGGUUCAGUUCAAGAAGUGUUUUUCUUGUGACAAAUAUUUGAAAACUCACCAACUCACCAUAUCAUCAUGAAGCACUAUAGGCAAAUGUGACUGAAUUGCAUCCAGGCCUGACAUGGUUUUGUACAGUGUUGCUCUUUAAAAUGUCCCAGCUUUCAGUGGGACUUGUACAGUGUUGAUACGACCGUAUGUUGCAUACACAUAUGUUGAUAAUCACUGUGGCCCUUUAGCUUACUAAAUCCUGCCAGUUUAAUAUUAACUCUGUUGCCAACAGUAUGUUGCCUUGACUAUGUAGCAGUUUCUGAUUAAACGUUACAAAGUCCUUCAUGUUUACUGUCUGUUUCAUGUACAGUAACUCACUGAAAUGUCUCCUGUUUAAGAUUUACUGUCAAACUAUUGUUUGCUUUUGGUUCUUGAUUACACACCUCUUAAACAGAGCAAUCAUUUAAUUUGAUCAGAAAUUCAGAUGUACGUGCAACCAUGCCAGAAGUACCUCUUGAACAGUGACGUCAGACUCAGGGAGACAGAAAGAGAAUUAAAUAUAAAAUUUAUUAGGCAAAAUGUACAACAGCUGCAUAAUCUAUCUUACAGCUCAAAUAUAGAGACUUUGCUUUACUUCCCCUCUUUGAGAGUGGAAUAUCAUAUUCAACUUAGUUUUAAAUUCUGCAAUGAACUGUGAAAACAUUCAUAAAAAACACACUGGCUCACAUUUACCAAACUUGUCAAAGCAGGAAAGCUAAUGUGAAAUCCAGCUGAACAAAAUUUGUAAAAUGUUUGUUUUUUUCUUUUUAAACUCUGAAUUUCUUACGAAGAGGGCUGCUCGUUAUGUUUUGACAUAGUGUCACCCCCCUCCAGAGCAUUGUUCGCCUCAACGCGU